CAACCAACGGUGUAGAUACAACACAUUCAAACCCAGAAAAAAAAGCUCAAAACUCUCGUCAGAUUCGUCUUCUUUCUCUCUCUUCUCUUCUUAAUCGUCCGAUCUCUCCCUCUCUCUCUCUACAAAAACAACAACUCCAUCGACGCGCGCCAAAUUAUAAAUCUUCUCUCUCUACAGGGAUCCGGGAACGAUGGCCGAUGGUCCGUCGAGUCCCGCCGGCGGGAGCCACGAGAGCGGCGGCGAGCAGAGCCCUCGAGGAAACGUUCGCGAGCAGGAUCGGUAUCUUCCGAUCGCCAACAUUAGCCGGAUCAUGAAGAAAGCAUUGCCGGCCAAUGGGAAGAUAGCCAAGGAUGCCAAGGACACGGUUCAAGAAUGCGUUUCCGAGUUCAUUAGUUUCAUCACCAGCGAAGCGAGUGAUAAAUGUCAGAAAGAGAAGAGGAAGACGGUCAAUGGCGACGAUUUGUUGUGGGCAAUGGCGACGUUGGGUUUUGAAGAUUACAUUGAUCCGCUAAAAGCGUACCUAAACAAGUACAGAGAGUUAGAGGGUGACACUAAAGGAUCUGCUAGGGGCGGAGAUAAUUCUGCUAAAAAGGACACAGUUGGAUCGCAGCUCGGCCCUAAUGCUCAGUAUGCUCAUCAAGGUUCAUUUACUCAAGGCAUGAACUAUGUGAAUUCCCAUGUGUGAAUUACCAAAAACAAGGACAGCAUCUAAUUAUUUCUCUCGUGGAAGGCACCAAGUAGGGAUCUCCAGCUUUUCUGUUGCUGAUUCCCCAAUUUGGAAUUAUUCCAUUAGUAGAUAUUGUUCAAUACUUGCAGCAUUUUCUUAUAUUAUUAUUAUUAUUUUUUUAUCAUAUCUAAUCUAAAAUACUGUAAUCUUUAUAAUUGGGAGGUUUCUUUCUCUAUGGGGUCCUUUUUAGUUGGUGAAAAAGAGCCGGUGAGAGAUAUUUAAAUGCUUUUGGUGCGCUGUUUUUAACAUCUGAAUUAUGACUUGAUAUAUAUCUUCUGUACAUUUGAGUGGGUCAUUUCAUGUAAUUAUAAUUGUUCGACACUCAAAGGAAAGACUGAACCUUUGUGUCCCUUUCUUAA